CAGGAGUAUCCACACGCUCUUACAAGUGUGCCUGUGAAAUAAGAGUACUGUUGAUAAUGUGUGAAAACGUUACGUAAGACAACAGUGGUUGACUGAAAGAUGCUGUAAUUAGCCACACGUUGACCGGGCUAAACGGCUUGACAUGCAAUGUUUCAUGAUGUGUGCAGUCGAAGAUACUUGAAAGGCGAUUAAACGGAUGAGGAAGCAGCAGCGGCCGUUUAAGCGCUUCCCACAAUGCACUCCCCGACCAUCAGCGGGAAACCAAAAUGGCGAACGUGCUCGGGGAAAAUGAGCCGUUUGUUAUUUUCUGAAAAGGGCACAGCGUCGACACGUUGUAGCGGCUUGAGUUUGGUGUGAAUUUUAAAGGCAAACGGAGCGAGAAUACCACAGCAGCGCGCAUAUAUUUACUUUGUUACUUUUGGGAGCUGUAGAAAAACGGAGGUGCCCGAAUGAGAGACUCAGGGGUUUUGGGUCACCUGUCCGUCCAUCAGAGAGCUCACCCCCCGGAGCAGCAGGCUAUUCCUUUGUCCCCAACAAGCCAAGCGAGGGUGGCGUAUGGUGAACAGGACAGGUUCACGGAGGGGCAGGACGUCUUGGCCCGGUGGUCAGAUGGUUUGAUAUACUUGGGGACAAUCACAAAGAUAGAUCGGGACAAGCAGCGAUGCUUUGUGGUGUUUGAGGAUCGAUCCAAAUCUUGGGUUCUGUGGAAGGACAUUCAAACAGGAGAUGAAGAUGAGGACGACGAUGAGGACGAUGACAUUGUCUGCUCCAUCUGUCAGGAUGAAACUUCAGAGGAACCCAAUGAGAUUGUCAUUUGUGACAAAUGUGGGCAAGGCUAUCAUCAGCUGUGCCACUCCCCCAUCAUUGAUGCUGCUGUCGUUGACUCCGACGACAAAUGGCUCUGCUCUGAAUGUGUGCUCACUGCUUUUCCAAAGCAGGAGGAGCAGCAACACAUGGAGCUCUCAUUCCCGUAUGCCCUGGAGGAACUGGUGUGGGAUGAAGACCACACAACCAACAUGCAACAGUGCUACUGCUAUUGUGGAGGGCCAGGAAACUGGUACUUGAAGAUGCUGCAGUGCAGUAGAUGUGAGCAGUGGUUCCAUGAAGCCUGCCUCCAUUGCUUGCAGAUGCCAAUGCUCUAUGGAGACAGGUUUUAUGUUUUUGUUUGUUCUGUUUGCAACGGUGGACCAGAGUAUCUCAGCCGACUGCCUCUCAGAUGGGAGGACGUCACACACUUGAGCCUGUACAACCUGACUAUGAUCCACAAGAAGAAGUACUUUGACUGUGAGAUGGACCUCAUGGCCUACAUCAACAGCAGUUGGGAGCUGCUGCAGCUUGGGGAGCUUUCUAGCACCCCAAGAUCAUUGCGUUAUGCGUUUGUAGUGGAGGCAUUAAACAGCAACAAAACCAAGUUCAUGUCAGGGAAGGAGGUAAAGAAGAAGAAGCACUUGUUUGGGCUAAGGUUUCGAUUCCCUCCUGCUCCCCCCAGUGCUGAGCAAGCAGGCGGCAGAAUGAUGGAGUGCUCCUCACGAGGGAUGACCGUCAAGUCGAACAAAGCCCCAUCUGCUUUGACUUCUUUAACCAACGGUGCGCAGAAGAAGUCGAAAAAGAAGUCGAGGAAGCAAGCCACACGGUCUCUGGAGAGGCAGGCCAAGCGCAGACGCUCCUGUGAACUCUUGUCCCGGGAGCUGAGAAAGCCCCCACCAAUAGAAUCGCACUCAUUGGAUCGCUUUACUUCUAUCAAGAGUGACAGAUCUUUACUGUCAUCUCAAACCUCAGAUGUGGAGUCUAUCGGAGCCCUGAGCACCACAGAAACUACCUCAACUAGCCUUUCAAGGCAGUCCAGCCUCUGUAGCUCCAGCAAGACCCGGUCGACAGCCUCCACCAUACCUAUUUCCCCUCCACCCUUAAAAAGGAAACGCGGGCGGCCACGACGGGCCUUGCAGCCCCCCAACACAGAGAUGCUCCCUCCCAGCCCAGCAGACCCAAACCCUUCGGCCACAGACGUGCUGAGCCCGCUCCCAGGGCUGCACUCCACAGACAUUGUUCACGGCAUGGACCCCAACAGUCAGCUGUCCCACCUCAAGAGCUCCAUCAGCUCCUACUUCGGAGCGGCAGGAAGGCUGGCUUGCGGGGAAAAGUACAAAGUCCUGGCUCGACGGGUCACCCUGGAUGGCAAGGUGCAGUACCUGGUGGAGUGGGAGGGUGUCACUGCCUCCUAGAGGUGUCCUACUGUGCACCCAGGAUGUAAUCAGAGCAUUAAUUAAUAUGUAACUUUGUUUAGUUAGACUGGAGUGUUAUUAAGCUUUCUGCAAAGCCUACUGGUUCAGUGCAGUCCACUGUGAAAAUAGUACAUAUAAACUGAUUUUUCGUCCUUCCUUUUAAAAUUUAUUGAUUAAAAACGAGGCUCUGGCAUUAAACUAUUGGUAUCUUUUUGCGCUUUUUCUAUUUUGUUGUUGCUUUGAAUACUGGCAAUAACAAACCCUCAGUUAUGCAUACAUUGUUCAGUGCACUGCACCUGUAGGCUUUCAGUGAUGUAUUUUAAGUACAGUGAUACACUUGUCAAUUGCAAACCAGCUGAGUAUAAAAGUCAUUUUUUUUCACAGAAUGUAGCGUGUAUUAUCGGUGAGGACGUGAGGGAGGUUCUGUUUUGCCGCUGAGGUUAUACCGUGCACCUUUGUGUCCACGUGGGUAUCGUUUGUACAGUAUUUGCAGAGUUAUAACCUCCCUACCCUCUGUUCCCAGCUGUUAGUACAUCUUACUGUAUUUGGCAUAUGUAUUCUUAAGUUCAGUUUUGGAAAGUGUGCUCAUUUGUGUGCUGUUAAGGAGGCACUUAGGAGCUGCUGCUGCAAAAUUGUAUUAUUUUAUAUAAAAAUUAUAUACUACAUUUAUUUUUACAAUUUCCAUUUUCCCUCCAUUUAUGUCUUGCUUUUUCUUUUUAAAUGUCACAAUAACAGUAUAAGCUUAAAUGCUCGAACUAGAGCAGCAUUUAUCAUUGAUUUAAAAUUAACAUAAAAAUGUGGAAAAUCAAAUUUUUUUUUUGUUAACGACCUUGUUUUCCCGAGCUUUGAUAACUAAAUACGCGCGACUAUAAAAUUAUAUGAUUUAAAUCUUUAAGGACCUAUUAAGUUUUUAUGUUUUAUAGUUAAUCAAAAAAUAAAGUGCUGCAUUUUGUGACUGUCACACACUCUAAUUUCCAUUCUGCAGUUAACAACAGGUUUACUUAUUUGAGUUAAUCCUGUGUGUUUUGUUAGUUCAGAGUUCACUCAAUUGGACCCUGCAGUUGAAAUGUUUGAGUUAUUGUGAUGAUUUGGUCUCAGGUGUUCAGUUUUGAGAUGUUCAAUGAGCAGCCUCUUUUAGGACCCGUGUUCUUUCAUUUGAAAUGUUGUGUGGAUGUCUGGCUUACAUGGGCAGCUGCAGCCAAAGAACAGUGGUUAACCUGUUUGAAAACAACGAUUGGUCAUGAUACGCUUUAUGUAUCGUGAUACACGUCGAAGUGUUAUUUCUGCAAAAAAUAAAUAAAGCGGCAUUUGUCA